CUAGAGCUAGAGCACGACCUGGCGCCGCCGCUGCUGGCGCGCGCCGAGCCGCUCGAGCUGCAGCUGGACUACUGGCUGGUGCCGGGUCGCGCGGCGGAGGGCGCGGACGGCAAGGUGACGAUCAAGGCGUCGUUCCGCGCGCUGCACGUGUCGCGGCAAAACGCUCACCUCUGCAUCACCUACCUUACCAAGGAGAAGAAGCAGAAGAUAAUGCGCCUUGGCAAGAAGAAGGAGAAGUCCGGAGAAACGGAGUCGGGCCGCGCGCAAGUGGUUGACGGCGUGGCGCGCCUCAUCUGCUCCGCCAAAGGCUCGCACAACGCGCCGCUCAAAG